AUGGCUGGUGUUUACCGGUAUGGUGAUCAGCAUGAUUUAAGAGCAGCCUGGCGUGAAGCGGCUAAUAGGACCCCAAAUAAAUUAAAUUAUCAUGAUAAAAGUAUUAAUAGAGGAGACGAAAGCAAUCGUCGCGAUAGUAAUUGCGACGAUAAAGAAGAAAAAGGAGAAAAAUCAUCGAACCAUAUGUGCUCAGCGGGUGGCAAACCAUCUCCUCGAGGGACGAUUAAUGUAUCUACGAACGACAUAAAUAACGAAAGCCAAACGAUCAACGGUUUGCAUUUGGAACUAAUAUGGGUUGCAAUAUGGUAUAACAUUCGUUCGAACGUUUUACACUGCAUUGCAUUUGUCGAUAAAAUUUCAACAAAAUUCUCCGUAACACGAAAAUCAUGUUUGCAAGGCUUGCCACCUUCGCAAGUCACUGCAGCAAUGCGACAAGCAUUGCGAGAUAGCACCAUCUCUGUUUAUCAUCGACAGGUUGCGCGGCUCAGCACGCCCUCCUUGGAAAAACCAGAAGGCCGAGAACCGCUUUCACGUCGCAACAGCUACUCGAAUUGGAAAAACAAUUUCGACAGAACAAGUACCUUAGCAGACCGAAGAGAUUCGAAGUGGCCACUUCGUUAAUGCUCACGGAAACACAGGGAGUUACAAUUAACCUUCUGUGGGCAAACAUGUUACUCACUUCUAAUGAUUUAUUAUCCCAGGCUUUAAAAAAAAAAAAAGAAAGUAAAAAAGAUAUUGUGUUACUUAACGAAGUCUUAUGUCACACCAUACGAUCAGUUUUUGAAUCAAGUCAAGUGAAAAUCUGGUUUCAAAAUCGGCGAAUGAAGUGGAAAAGGAGUAAAAAGGCGCAACAAGAGGCGCGGGCGGGUAACAAGGUGGAGGACGGGGAAGGGAACGUGAGGAACAGCGAGAGAGAUGCCGGCGGUGAUCCGAAUCCGAAUUCGCCGAGUCCACAGGAGGAUGCCAAGGGGACGAGUCUGCAGGAGGCGCAGAGGAGCACGACCGAGCUUCAGGAGCCGCUCUAUCGACCUUACGUGGUAUAA